CGUCCUUAAUUAUUAUUGUAUUUGUAACAUUUAACUUGUAUAUACUAAUAUUACUAUUGAUUGUUAUUAACUUUGUUGAUACCUUUUGCGUUUAUAUAUUGUCUGGUCCACCACAAUUAUUUGGUGAGCCUCGAUUAUUUUUUUAUAGACAUUUACUAUAUAUAUCUACAUAAUUUUUUAUUAUUAUUAAUUGGCACGACACCAUUUUUUUUUGUUUUUAGCAUUAUGAACUCUCCUAAUAAUCUUAUCGAUAUAGAUAGCCCAUCAACCAACCCCUUUCAUUCAUCACAGACAGAAGAUAAUGUUUUAAACUCAAUCAACGCUAUUUCUGAACUAAGAUUACCAACGUACGGUGUUAAUAAUCCCAGGAUCUGGUUUGCACAGGUUGAGGCAUUAUUUUUGUCGAGAGGUAUACGCUCGCAAGCGACAAAAUAUGCAUACAUCGUUGGAGCAUUACCCAUAGAAGUGGCAGUAGAAGUCGGAGACCUGAUAGAUAACGUACCAGAGACGGACCCCUAUGACAAAAUAAAAGCCGCAGUAAUCCACCGUACUUCGCAGUCUGAUGAAAAACGCUUACAGCAACUACUCACCGCAUGCGAGUUAGGGGACAAAAGACCUUCACAGUUGCUUAGACAUAUGAGACAACUGACAGGCUCCUACAAAUUAGACGAGACGCUGCUUAAGCAAAUGUGGUUACAAAGGUUACCACAUAAUGUUAGACAAAUUCUCAGUAUUUCAGGAACUUCUGUCACUCUUGACGAUUUAGCUGAUAUGGCUGAUAAGAUGAUGGAAAUAUAUCCCGAUAGUCGGGGAAUUAACGCAGUACAACCCUCUAGUAGAGACGCUAUGAACCCUCCUCUUGACAUUCAGCAACAAAUGGCACACUUAACACAGCAGCUAGCAUCACUGCAGGCGACUAUUUCCACCAUCCAUUCUCGACGCCCCAGAUCUACGUCCAGAAGGAGAUCAGUAUCCAGACAUCGUCUUAGGUCACCUAAGCGGGCAGCCGGAAUUUGUUGGUAUCAUUCGAAUUAUGGUGAGAAAGCACGUCGUUGCACAAAACCGUGCAACUUCACGACAAGCAAGCCAGACCAUCAGGGAAACGAAGUGGCCAGACAGUAAUAGCGGCAGCUGUUACUGGCCAACAUGUCAGCCGCCUCUUCCACAUCAGGGAUCGUAUUUCUGGCUCAGACUUCUUAGUCGAUACUGGAGCAGAAAUCAGCAUCAUCCCACUCCAUCUCUCACGCAGACAACAUACGACAAGCACUUAAUUGUCCUUAGUAGCGGCUAAUGAAUCAAUUAUCAAAACGUACGGUGAGCAAUCACUUAUAUUAGAUCUCGGGCUCCGCAGAAGAUUCACAUGGGUAUUCAUAGUUGCUCAAGUCAAACGACCCAUCCUCGGGGCCGAUUUUCUUAGUGCGUACAACCUGUUAGUAGAUAUGACCAACAAGAGAUUAAUCGACGUAAACACACGUUUACAGGUAAAUGGUACACUCUCCAACGACAACGAAAUCCAUGGUGUUCGAAUAAUGAAGCCUGUGAACAACGUUUUCAACGACAUCCUGUCAGAAUACGAGUGCAUCAAAAAAUCAGAUUAUCAAAAGGAAUGUAACCCACAUCAGGUGCAACACCACAUCAUUACCACCGGCCCACCUAUUAGCGCCAGGGCGAGGAGACUACCACCAAGCAAGUUGCAAGUAGCUAAAAGAGAAUUCGAACAUAUGAUGCAGCUUGGUAUUAUCAGACCAUCCAACAGCCCCUGGGCCUCACCGUUACACAUGGUACCAAAGAAGGACCAAGAUUGGCGUCCGUGUGGUGACUAUCGACGAUUAAACAAUCAAACCAUUCCCGACAAGUACCCAAUUCCGUAUAUACACGACUUUUCAUUAAACCUACACGGUAAAUGCAUUUUUUCGAAGCUCGACCUGGUGCGAGCAUAUCACCAAAUUCCAAUGGCACCGGAAGACAUUGAGAAAACAGCCAUAAUAACACCUUUUGGUUUGUUUGAGUUUCUAAGGAUGCCAUUCGGAUUAAAAAACGCUGCGCAGACAUUCCAACGCUUCAUGGAUAACGUAACAAGAGGCCUUGAUUUCGUGUUUGCCUACAUCGACGAUGUUCUGAUUGCAAGCUCAUCUUUAGAAGAGCACAUCCAACAUGUCCACAUCCUUUUUGAUCGUUUUAAAAAACAUGGCGUCGUCAUCAAUCCUUCGAAAUGCGUAUUCGCAGUCCCAGCCUUAGAGUUUUUGGGACAUUACAUCGACUCACAAGGGAUCAAACCACUUCAGACGAAAGUUGAAGAUAUUACUAACUACCCCGAACCAACCUCGGUUAAGUCAUUACGACGCUUCCUCGGUAUGUGUAAUUUUUAUCGCCGCUUCUUACCACGUUGUGCUGAAGUAUUACAGCCAUUAACCGAUCUGUUGAAAGCCGACAAAAAAGGUACGAAGAGAGAGAAGAAUCAAACAUUCAACCUAUCUCUUGAUGCCAAAACAGCGUUUGAAAAAGCAGAGUCGAUGAUAGCUAAUGCCACCAUGCUACAACAUCUAAAUACUGACCCCACAACCCACUUAAUUCUGUGUACGGAUGCAUCUCAAAAAGCCGUCGGGGCAGUAUUACAACAACAGGUAAACAAUAUGACUACUCCCAUAGCGUUUUUCUCCAAAAGACUGUCACCAGCCCAGGAACGCUACAGUACUUUUGGACGGGAGUUACUUGCUAUCUACUUAGCCGUUAAACACUUUAACUUCUUACUACAAGGACGAACUUUCACCAUCAUGACCGAUCACAAACCUUUAUGUUACUCAUUCCACACAUCGUACGACCGACAUUCACCUCGCGAAGCACGACAACUGGAUUACAUCUCCCAGUUUACGACAGAUAUCCAAUUUGUCAAAGGACAUACCAACGUUGUAGCUGACGCAUUGUCACGUAAGGACGUAAAUACCCUGUUACGUAAACAAGACAUCGAUCUAGAAACAAUCGCAAAACUACAAGUAGACGAUGCAGAUUUGAAGGUCUGCCAGGAGAAGUCUAACUUGAGCCUUAAACCAGUACCCAUCCCUUUCUCAAAUACAUCUAUCAUUUGCGAUGUUUCAACGGGUAACAAUCGCCCUUUUGUACCUCUAGCAUGUCGUCGACAGGUAUUUCAUCAACUGCAUGACCUUUCUCACCCAGGAAUCAGAGCCACAAUCAAAUUGGUUACUGAGCGUUUUGUGUGGCCAAAAAUCAAUUCAGAUAUAAAACGAUGGACGCGAAGCUGCCUACAGUGUCAACGCAGCAAGAUUCAGAAGCACACGAUCAGUCCAGUUGGCAAGUAUCCCCUGCCGGAAAAACGUUUUCAGCAUAUCCACUUAGACAUAGUUGGUCCAUUGCCACCAUCUAAUUCAUUCACGCACAUUCUCACUGCGGUGGACAGGUUCACAAGAUGGGCCAUAGCAUGCCCUAUUGCUGAUACUUCUGCAGAAACAGUAGCCGGCGUAUUCCUUGACCGUUGGAUAGCGAAUUACGGAGUACCUUCUAUCGUCACUACCGACCGUGGUCCCCAGUUUCAGUCUAUCUUAUUUCAGGAAUUCACAAGACUUCUGGGCGUGAACCACAUCAAAACAACAGCCUACCACUCAGCAGCUAACGGCUUGGUCGAAAGAUUUCACCGCCAAUUGAAAAGCUCGCUGAUGGCACAAGAUGAUACGACAAAAUGGAGUGACGCAUUACCACUUGUACUCCUGGGUAUCCGUUCAACUAUAAAGGAAGAUAUAGGUUGUACAGCCGCUGAGCUAGUUUACGGUACAACCCUUACAUUACCAGGUCAACUAGUGGACCCAAACACUUUAACACCAACGGACCCAAGUCGUUUUGCUAGCCAACUGCUGCAAACCAUGCAACGAAUCAAAGCCAUACCGCCUCGUGAACAUAACAAUCGAAUACAACUCAACAGAAAUCUAGAAACAUGCAAAUUUGUCUUUGUUCGAGUUGAUGCUGUUAAAAAGCCAUUGAAACAACCUUAUGAAGGACCAUAUCAAGUAAUUAAAAGAACGACCAAACACUUCAUAAUCAACAAGUGUGGAAAGAAAGAGACUAUUGCUAUCGAUAGAAUAAAGCCUGCUUUCUACGAAGCACAGCACGACAAAGAACAUACUACUUCACUGAACCAACCCCGUCCAGCAACCACCACUACAGCAGACAUGGAAGAAAAACUGAGUAUCAAACCUACUUGCUUAACGCGCUCAGGCAGAGCUGUAAAAAAACCCAAACGCUAUGUACAUUUCGCCGAAUAAAAAAAUCUAAACAAACAAUUACUGAUGUACUAUACGAUUAUACUCACCCGAUUUUUCCCAACAAAAUCUAUGAUUUUUUUCUUUUUUUACAGUGUACAUAAUUAACCAUAUUUUUUUUCCCCACAAUUAUUCGUUUUGUCACAUUUUUUUUAUAAAAAAAAUUUGUUACAAUAAUAAACGAGUAAACUCUAUUUAAUUAUUCAUUUGUUGUACACACACACACAAAAAAAAAGCAGUUCAUUUUUUUUGGGGUUCAGUAACAGUUCUGUACAUUAUUAUCAUUGUUAGCAAACCAAGAUUUUAAAUGACGGUAUUCUCAUUACUUUUGUUUGUCAUGCUAUGCCACAUCACCGCUAUUUUCACGCAAUAACACACUGUAUAUUAUUAACGUACAUGUCAUACGCAUCUCCACAUUGUUAAUUGGUUAUUAUUGUAAAUAUUAUUUUUUUUUUGUAUAAAAUUUUUCUUAUUGUUAUUGUAACCAGUGUCACCUCUGGACACUCUGGGGGGAGCUAUGUGGAGAUAUGACUGACAAGCUUAUUUUGUAAAUAGUUUUUAAUAUUAUUUGUAUUUGUUUGUCAAUUUUUCACUGUAUGUACAUUUAUCAUUAAAUGACUGUACAUGUUGUUUUAGUCAAUGACCUUGAAGACACUUUCCGUUGAGCUACUACAUAGCGUGACAUAUUCGUGCUGGUUAAUAAAUACAUUACUACUCACGCAUUCCUCGUUCUAUCUUCAUUUGUGAUUGAGUUAAUGGAAGUCUAAAUCAAAUACUAUCUACAUUUAUAGACUAUAAUCGGAAUAUAUCACAUCCUACGUUGGACUAUAUCGCUAGAGAGUUCACCAACCUGCUCAGAGUCAUCAAGCAUUUAUAAUUGUGGAUUUACAUUACUGGACUUAAUCAGAACACGCAACGUUUGGGCAAUUUAAGUAACGUCCUUAAUUAUUAUUGUAUUUGUAACAUUUAACUUGUAUAUACUAAUAUUACUAUUGAUUGUUAUUAACUUUGUUGAUACCUUUUGCGUUUAUAUAUUGUCUGGUCCACCACAGGUAUAUUGCAACUUCAUUCGUAUACAUGCAAAUGAGUGUAACUAAAUUAUUAUAUUAUGUAAGUCUGUGCAUGUGUUCGAGUGUAUUAUAGAAUAAGAGAGUAACAUCCAUGGAUUAUUUCAAUUAGUUGAUUAGUUAGUUUUAAGUAGUAAAAUGAUGAUACAUCAGGAUGAUAUGAUCAUUUAUCACUUUACAAAAUACAUUCAAACGAACAGAAAAUUUGAACUAUGCUAGGUGGGAAUAAUGUCAUGUCAAUCAUAUAAAUAUUUUAUGUAUGAGAUAUGUAAUAUGAUGAAGUGAUUAAAUGUAAUCAAAACUACUGCAGAGUUACUUCGAUGUAUAUCUGAAUUUAUCGUAUGUAUGGUGUCUUUCCAAUCGGUGAACGUUACUUCUUCAACUGAUAGUGCAUUCACAUAAAGUGACUUUAUAUCUCAUAAUCAAUUCGCAUCGUACAAUUGCAUAUUCUUGAUCACAACAAAGGCACCAAAGAUGAUGCACGUUCCAUAACCUACAGGGAUAUAUGAAAGUUUUGCUAUUGCUAUAGUGUUGUUAACUGGUGUUGAACGUGUAUUUACUUAAUGAUACUUUAUGACUACAAAGUAUUCCUAAACCAUUAGUAUUUUACUGUACAAUAUUGGAUGCUUCAAUGUCAAUCAUCUUCCAUUUAUUCUCCAGUAUUAUUUGAAUACUGAAAAGUACGUUGAAUAUAUUCUUCGAAAUCGUUAACCGAUCUAAGUUUGACGACCACUGAAAACCUGGAAGCACUAAAAAUCUGUUUCACCCUAGUAUGGGACUUCUCAACAGUGAGCAUUCAGUCGAACCCAAAACCUUCGAUGUCGCACACGAACAUUAUGGACCACACCAAUCUGGAAAUAAAAUGAUAAUUGGUAUAUGUAAGUUAGGUAUAGACUGAGUAUAAAUUGAUAUUGGAACAACAAAGAUGGUCGGCUGCAAGGGUUGAAUCUCUGUAUGACAAGUAGUGGCCCUAACGAAUUUAUACACGUCACAAAUUUUGAGUUGACGUUAAUCCUAAUCCCGUUUUUAACCAAGUAUUGUAGUAUAGAAAACAAUAGAUAUUUAUUAACUGGUCUUCUUAUGUCACUUAAUUUUAUUUGGUUAUUUUUCAGCUAUUGUGGUACGCGUUAUACUAAUUUAAUAUGAAAGUCACAAUUAUUCCUCUCUAUCCAUAUAUGUACGUGUGUUCACACAUAAACACGCGUCUACAUGGUUUGUAAACUUUCAUCACAUAUAGCAUUUCUACAUCAGUUUAUUAUCUUCAUCAACAUCGUAUGCCUUGAUGAG